AUGGUGAAUCUGAAAGGAGGAACUAGGCCACCAUGGGUGGGGCUUGGGGCUUCAGUUUGGAUGCAAGUAGCUGCUGGGAAUUCUUACAACUUCCCACACUAUUCCCAUUCCCUAAAAUCAGUUCUGGGAUUCAACCAGAAGCAGCUAACCAUGCUUGGGGUGGCCAAUGAUAUUGGUGAGAAUGUGGGUCUCCUCCCUGGCAUUUUCUGCAACAAAUUACCUCCUUGGCUUCUUCUCUUGAUCGGUGGUUUUGCUUGUUUCUUUGGCUAUGGAGUUCUCUGGCUUUCCCUUAGCCGCCCUGCUCUCAACUUCCCCUAUUGGCUGUUAUGGAUUGCACUUUGUGUUGCCACAAACAGCAGUGCUUGGUUCAGCACAGCUUUGCUUGUCACAAACAUGAGAAACUUCCCUCUCAGCCGGGGAACUGUUGCGGGCAUUCUUAAAGGCUAUGGGGGACUAAGUGCUGCGGUUUUUACAGAAAUCUAUAGCGUAUCGCUCCACAAUUCUUCUUCUAAGCUCUUAAUAUUCCUUGCUCUUGGAAUUCCUAUUAUAUGUUUCGUUACGAUGUACUUUGUUAGGCCUUGCACUCCGGCCUUGGGUGAUGAUCCUUCAGAGCUUUAUAACUUCUUGUUUGUUCAAGUGACUAGUGUUGUCCUGGGAAUUUAUGUUCUAACAACAACAUUUGUGGACAAUGUUUUUUGUCUGAGUGCCCCUGUCUCUUAUACCUUCCUUAUCAUCAUGGUUCUCCUUCUAAUGGCUCCGCUUGCUAUUCCUGUAAAGAUGACAUUGUAUCCCUCAAUUCUUAGCAAAUCAUUCGUGGUCGAGGCACGUGUGAGUGAACCAAAUCAAGGUAAUGAUGUUGUUGCUGAGAAAACGGAACCGCUGUUGGGAGCAACAUCAGCAGGAGACAACCUUGGAAGCUUUCAUGAAAGUGAGAGUAUGUCUGAGGUGGAUAUGCUUCUUGCUGAGGGAGAAGGUGCUGUGAAGAAAAAGAAGAGGCCUAGAAGAGGUGAAGACUUUAAAAUCAGUGAGGCAAUGGUGAAGGCUGAUUUCUGGCUUUUGUUCCUUGUUUAUUUUGUUGGAGUGGGUUCCGGGGUUACUGUUCUGAAUAACCUAGCACAGAUUGGGAUAGCACAAGGUUUGCAUAACACAAAGAUUUUGUUAUCACUCUUCAGCUUUUGCAAUUUUGUGGGCCGUCUUGGGGGAGGUGUUGUUUCUGAAUAUUUUGUCAGGCUAAAAGCACUUCCUAGAACAAUUUGGAUGACAUGCACUCAAGUUGUGAUGAUAAUCGCAUACCUUCUAUUUGCCUCUGCUCUCAAUGGCACUCUAUAUGCUGCUACUUCGCUACUCGGAAUCUGCUAUGGUGUUCAAUUCUCUACAAUGGUCCCAACCGCCUCUGAACUUUUCGGUUUGAAGCAUUUCGGGAUGAUCUUCAACUUCAUGUCGCUGGGGAAUCCUCUCGGGGCGUAUCUCUUCUCAGGUCUUCUUGCUGGAUAUCUGUAUGAUAAUGAGGCAGCAAAGCAGCACACUGCUUCUUGCCUCGGCCCUAAUUGCUUCAGGGUCACAUUCUUGGUUCUGGCUGGACUUUGCUCUUUGGGCACCCUGCUUAGUAUACUUCUCACCGUGAGAAUAAGGCCAGUUUACCAAAUGCUUUAUUCUGGGGGCUCUUUCCGGCUUCCUCAAACUUCAAAUCACUGA